AUGGCCCAGUCCCCCUCCUCCUCCCCGGGUGAGGGAGCCACCUUUGAGCAUCUAUGGAGUUCUCUGGAGCCAGACAGCACCUACUUUGACCUUCCCCCGCCCAACAGAGGGAAUAGUGAGGCGGUGGGCAGCGAGGAGACCAACAUGGAUGUCUUCCACCUGCCAGGCAUGACCUCCUCGGUCAUGGCCCAGUUCAAUUUGCUCAGCAGCGCCAUGGACCAGAUGGGCAGCCGUGCGGCCCCGGCCAGCCCCUACACCCCAGAGCACGCUGCCAGCGCACCCACCCACUCGCCCUAUGCGCAGCCCAGCUCCACUUUCGACACCAUGUCUCCAGCGCCUGUCAUCCCUUCCAACACGGACUACCCUGGCCCCCACCACUUUGAGGUCACCUUCCAGCAGUCGAGCACAGCCAAGUCAGCCACCUGGACGUACUCCCCACUUUUGAAGAAGCUGUAUUGUCAGAUUGCCAAGACGUGCCCUAUCCAGAUCAAGGUGUCCACACCACCGCCCCCAGGCACGGCCAUCCGGGCCAUGCCUGUCUACAAGAAGGCAGAGCACGUGACUGACAUCGUUAAGCGCUGCCCUAACCACGAGCUUGGCAGGGACUUCAAUGAAGGACAGUCUGCCCCGGCUAGCCACCUCAUCCGAGUAGAAGGCAACAACCUCUCCCAGUAUGUGGAUGAUCCUGUCACUGGCAGGCAAAGUGUGGUUGUACCAUACGAACCCCCACAGGUGGGAACAGAAUUCACCACCAUCCUCUACAACUUCAUGUGUAACAGCAGCUGCGUAGGGGGCAUGAAUCGGAGGCCCAUCCUCGUUAUCAUCACCCUGGAGACCCGGGAUGGACAGGUGCUGGGCCGCCGGUCUUUCGAGGGUCGCAUCUGUGCCUGCCCUGGCCGUGACCGCAAAGCUGAUGAAGACCACUACCGGGAGCAGCAGGCCCUGAAUGAGAGUGCCACAAAGAAUGGGGCUGCCAGUAAACGUGCAUUCAAGCAGAGCCCUCCUGCCAUCCCUGCCCUGGGUGCCAAUGUGAAAAAGAGGAGACAUGGAGAUGAGGACAUGUUCUACAUGCAUGUGCGAGGCCGGGAGAACUUUGAGAUCUUGAUGAAAGUCAAGGAGAGUCUGGAAUUGAUGGAACUUGUGCCACAGCCCCUAGUUGAAUCCUAUCGGCAGCAGCAGCAGCAGCAGCAGCAGCAGCAGCUCCUACAGAGGCCGAGUCACCUACAGCCUCCAUCCUACGGGCCUGUCCUCUCCCCAAUGAAUAAGAUACACGGCGGCGUUAACAAGCUACCCUCCGUCAACCAGCUGGUGGGUCAGCCUCCACCACACAGCUCAGCAGCUGGGUCCAACCUGGGACCCAUGGGUUCCGGGAUGCUCAACAGCCACAGCCAUACCAUACCAGCCAAUGGCGAGAUGAAUGGCGGCCACAGCUCCCAGACCAUGGUUUCAGGAUCCCACUGCACCCCACCACCCCCCUAUCACGCAGACCCCAGCCUUGUCAGUUUUUUAACAGGAUUGGGGUGUCCAAACUGCAUCGAAUGUUUCACCUCCCAAGGGUUACAGAGCAUCUACCACCUGCAGAACCUCACCAUAGAGGACCUUGGGGCGCUGAAAAUCCCUGAUCAGUACCGUAUGACCAUCUGGAGGGGCCUACAGGACCUGAAGCAGAGCCAUGACUGUGGUCAGCAGCUGCUACGCUCCAGCAGCAAUGCAGCCACCAUCUCCAUUGGUGGCUCUGGCGAGCUGCAGCGGCAGCGGGUCAUGGAAGCUGUGCAUUUCCGUGUACGCCACACCAUCACUAUCCCCAACCGCGGAGGCCCAGGUGGAGUGACAGGCCCCGACGAGUGGGCAGACUUUGGUUUUGACCUGCCUGAUUGCAAAUCUCGUAAGCAACCCAUCAAAGAGGAGUUCACAGAGACAGAGAGCCACUGAGGGGUGUGCCUUCUCCUUCCCCUGGGAGAAACUACUCUUGGACGCAGGCCCCUUCAGCUGUGCGCGUGGAAACAGCAAGGGCCUGCUGCUAGAUGCCAUUUCUGAAGGGGUGUCACUCGUGAACUGCCCUUAGGAAACUUCUGAGAGAACUGCCCUACCUACAAGUACACGAGGCAGGUUGUGGGCCAAAUGCUGAGACAGGGGCUAUCCCUUUGUGGGUGGAUAUGCCAGCACCCACUCUCUGUGCCCCUUCUUUCUUGAGGACUCUGCCAUCUCCAGGACAGAGCGAGAACCUUCUCUCACUAUCCUCUGCCACAAAGUAUUCCAGCGUCUUCUCGUUCCAGGCUAGCCGUGAGCAGCUGGACCACUAUGUCUUCUGCACUUAUCUGCAGGUGGAUUUCGAACUGCAUCUUGAAGGUGAAGUCCAGAGACAUCCUCUGUAGGAAAUGGGGACAGAUCUGUCCCUAAUGGAUGCCACUCUGCUGUUCCCCUGUAUCUCCUGCCCGGAACAAAGUCAGAGUCCAGUUUGCUGGGGUUAGGGGAGACUUGCAGACCAGUGGAAGCUUCUGGGAUCAGCCUUCAACCAGCACUUAAAACAUGCUGGCCACAGCCCCUCCACAGACACCUCUCAGCAGACAGACGGACAGUGUGAGAGUCUCAGACUAUCGAAAAUUGAAUUGUCAAUAUUUGAUAAAAUGUUACUCUUUCUACCUGAUGGGUCAGGUUCCUUUUUGUUUUCCCCUCUAACUUUCCCAUCAUUCCUUUCUGAGAUCAACCUAGUGCAUUCCUGGCUUUUCCACAUGCUGUUGUCAUCAAGUCUAAAAAAACCCUAUGUUCAAGUCAGGAUGUUUAGUUAGGAAAGAAACUCAGAAAGAGCACAGCUGUGGGAGGGCAAGUCAAAGCCCAGCUGUGAGAACAUCUGCUCUGCUCACCUUGAAUGCUAACUCAUCCUCAUGGGUGGAACUGGGGCAGCUUCUGGGGACCCCAGCCUUCAUGAUGUACCCCAAGGAGGGAGUGGGCUUGGAGAGACAGCUCCUGCACUCAGCCAGUGGGGCCCCCUCUUUCUGCCAGAAACUUAGCAAACUUCUGCAACAAGAGCCCUAGCAGUUUCUGCAGGAGUGGAGUGCCACAGAGGAGCCCCUGCUGCAGUGAAGCCUGCUGGGCUGCCAAGGCCCUGUGCAGCCAUUCCUCUUAGACCUGGCUUUCAUUAGCAUGACCCAGCAGAGGCAGUGAAUCCCAUGGGAUGGCAAUAUAGUCAGUACUACAGGAUGAGCUUCCUAUCAGGGCUGCCUCCUGGAAGCAUAGGGGCAGACAUUGACAAUCUUAGCAGGCUCUGCAAACUCAGGUGGUACCACCCACACCACCUUUAUGGGACUCUGAGGGUUCGAGUGCACUCAGGGUGGGUGCAAGCACCAGGUUGCCAGAUAUCAGGGCUGACUAUGUAGGCUCUUCCAAAUGGACAGGCGUUGAUGACUUAGCCUCUGGGGGCCCCAGUCUUCCCAGAAAAGCAGGCCUGCACCCAGAUGGUCCAUAGCAGCUAUAGCAGUGGGCUUAGACCUUGCAGGGUGUCAUCAUCCUGGCAUGUGCUGACACACCUCACAGAGUGAGAGCACGUAUACACUUCUUGUUGCACAGGUGAGGGAACUGAGGCUAGAAAGACUGCAUCCCCUGCAUCCCCUGCAUCCCUGCCUCUGGCAUCAGGCCAUGGCAGAGGUGGGUGGUUACUCCUGAGGCACAUGCUACCUCAGGAACUACACAGGUAUAUCCUCAGUCCUGGGUCUGUGAGACCCACUGAGAUGUGCUUGCGUUCUGGGGUCUCACAUGAGUAUGUCUCGGGCAUUGCCCAGGAGUGACCAUUGUAAGCACCUCACCACAUGCUCCCAGAAGGGGUGGGGGGCAUGGUUUAAAGGUGGCUCUCAAUAGACAUGUGAGGAGGGAAGACCCAUCUCCAGUGUGUGUGUCUCCAAAGCUGUGUGUCUCCUCAGACCCUGCCUCAAGUGCCAAAGCUGUCUCAUGAGCCUCCAGGAUCUUGCCACGUUUGGAGGAAACCGCCAAGGACCAUCUUCCAGAAAAUAAGUGUCACAGAAGCAAGCCUUGCCAUAGCUGAGCACACAUGUAGCUCUCCAGGGACUAGCCUUUUGGCUGUUGCAAAACACAGAAAGCAGGAGAUAGCCAGUCUUGCAGUCACCAGGUUUCCCAGGAGUGCUGAAGUGGUAGUCUGGAAGUGAGUUUGGGGGUGCCCCAGAAGACACCUGUUGAGCAAGGGCAGGUACCUCACAGGUGGAAGAAUGGUGUGGGGCUAUGCCUCACCCUUCCAGGAUCCUGCAAUAAUUCCUCUGUUCUGUUUCAUGAGUUUCUUUCUCUAAUAAAUUCCUUUGCCCUUUAAGCAGACUCUGAAUUGCUGCUAGUGAUAUUUCUCACAUUAGCUGGACCAGCAGGCCACUCCAGCCUCAGCCUGUAAUGGUCCCAGGAAGGUUAGUGUGUCCAGCUGGCAGCAGCUCUCCUGCCCUCCAGUACUGCUUACCACGUCUGAUAGCUCUGGCUCUGGUUCUUUGAGGUCAUUGCACUGAGCUUGCAGCACCAAUGCUGGAUCCCUGGGAAAGACUCCUGCAAGGUUCAAAAGUUGCUACUUAGAACAGCAUUUCACACAGGAGACAAAACCAAAACCAAACUCUCUAUUUUCAAUGUAAUGAAAUGCUUCUCCAAGCAGUAUUGGUGGAUGUAGUCCAAUGACACUAUUAACUGUUUUGGGUAAUGUCAUCUUAGAAAAAUGUUGUUAUUUUUUUAGCUGUG